CUCCUCUCUUUUCCUUUCCCGCUCUAAAUGGCAUCAGCUUCAGCAUUCUCUGCUACCAAAGUCACCCAGCCGUUUUCUCUCAACGGCACUACCUCCAGAUCUCAUGAAAAGCACCAAUCUUUCUUUGAUCCUCUUAGGACUGCCCCUUCUUCUUCCUCUUUUCUUGGAUCCACCCGCAAACUUCGCCUUAGUUCUGCUUCCAAAUCCAAGGUUUUGGCCAAUCCCAACCGUCGAUCGGCUGUUGUCGCUGUCUCUGAUGUUGUCAAGGAAAAGAAGGUCAAAUCUACCUCCAAUCUGUUGAUCACUAAAGAAGAAGGAUUGGAGGUAUAUGAAGAUAUGAUAUUGGGCAGAGCUUUCGAGGACAUGUGUGCCCAGAUGUAUUAUAGAGGCAAAAUGUUUGGUUUUGUUCAUCUUUACAAUGGUCAAGAGGCUGUCUCAACUGGGUUCAUCAAGCUUUUGAAGCGGGAGGAUUCUGUUGUCAGUACUUAUCGUGAUCAUGUACAUGCUUUAAGUAAGGGAGUCCCAGCUCGUGCUGUCAUGAGCGAGCUCUUCGGCAAGACUACUGGGUGUUGCCGGGGCCAAGGUGGAUCUAUGCACAUGUUCUCGAAAGAGCACAAUUUGAUUGGUGGGUUUGCUUUUAUUGGAGAGGGAAUUCCAGUGGCUACUGGUGCAGCAUUUUCCAGCAAGUAUAGGAGGGAGGUUUUGAAGGAGGCGGAUUGUGAUCAUGUGACAUUGGCCUUUUUUGGUGAUGGUACUUGUAACAAUGGGCAGUUCUUUGAGUGUUUGAACAUGGCAGCAUUGUGGAAAUUGCCCAUCGUGUUUGUUGUUGAGAAUAACUUGUGGGCUAUUGGGAUGUCGCACAUGAGGGCAACUUCGGAUCCAGAGAUUUGGAAGAAGGGUCCAGCAUUUGGAAUGCCAGGUGUUCAUGUUGAUGGAAUGGAUGUUUUGAAGGUGAGGGAGGUGGCCAAGGAGGCAAUUGGAAGGGCUAGGAGAGGAGAAGGACCAACAUUGGUGGAAUGUGAAACUUACAGGUUUAGAGGACACUCAUUGGCUGAUCCUGAUGAGCUUCGUGACCCUGCUGAGAAGGCUCGCUAUGCUGCUAGAGAUCCCAUCACAGCCUUGAAGAAGUACAUGAUUGAGAACAGCCUUGCCAGUGAGGCAGAGCUAAAGGCUAUUGAGAAGAAGAUAGACGAAGUGGUUGAGGAGGCUGUUGAAUUUGCAGAUGAGAGCCCUCAUCCAUCACGCAGCCAGCUACUUGAGAAUGUCUUUGCUGAUCCAAAGGGCUUUGGAAUUGGACCUGAUGGCCGGUAUAGAUGUGAGGAUCCAAAAUUCACAGAAGGUACGGCUUGUGUCUAGGUUUUGAAGUGGAACAUUCAUCAACUCCAGUUGUGCUCGUUGGUCUGCACAGCUCCAUAUUCAUUAAAGCUGGUCAUUUGUUGCGGCCCUAAAUUACUGUGUAAGCAAGUUAUGUUGUUUAGGUUACCUUUUCAAUCUUAGAUUUUGGCUUUGUUCUCUUAAGCAUGUCCGUUCAUUGUACUAGCGUUUUGAAUAACAAACCUCCAAUGGACUAAUUGUUCUUGGUUCAUAUAGCUUCGAAUGUUUGUACCAAUGGAUAAUGGCUCCGAAUUUUGCAAUUUUUUAGCCCA